AGGCGGAGUCCUUCGCGGCGGACUUGCAAGAGAGCGUGUCGAAUCUGACCGAUCAGGUCUCGCGGAAUCAUGCGGCCUUGGAGGACUUGGUGGGCCACACCUCCAUGGAGUUCUCCGACCGAGAGAGCCGGCUCCGCAGCGACCACGGCACAAGGCUUGAUGAACUCGAUGUACGCACCAACUACCUCACCAACAUCAUCGCAGAGGUGGAGAAUAUUCCCACUCGACGCGUGGAUUGGCACAUCAAGGACGCUGCGGCGCGCCUGGCAGAGUUGGCGUUGAGAACACGCGCCCCGGAUGCGCCGCAAAGUGAGCCACCCUCCUGGACGUCUCCGAUCUUCGAGGCGGCGGGUGCUCACGAGCUGCAGUUGGAGCUACAGUUUCUGAGACCCUCAGAGGUUCAGCGAGAACAAGACCAAGACUCCUUGGCACCACGAGGCGACUGCGUGCUCUCGUUGAAAGCAGACCCUGGACUUUUCCUGGUCUGCAGACUCUAUGUAGGCGCGGCCUUUGCGCAAGUGGAGCAUACCUUCAACGCUCAGGGAGAGCCAGUAUGCACCAAGCCGAUUUGCUUCAUCCGUGAUCAGAUCGACAAGGAGGGCGCUCUGGUGGUGGGUUUCGAGGUCCUGGAGGCCAUCCGCCGGGCCAAGCGGACGGUGCCGGCUCCGAAGGAGGAGGGCGGACAGGACGUCGACGUGUUGUACCAUCGUUACUUGAACCACCGGCUCUUGGACAUCAUGCAGGAUCAGGUGGAUCUCAUCCGCUCCGGCAUGGUCCGACGCAUCGAGUGGCGCUUGGAGAAGGCGUCGCAGCUCCGGAAGUGUUUCCCAGAGAACGAAUGCCUUUGCAGCACCACCUUUGAAGCUGCAGGGGUUGAUGAUCUCCAACUGGUCUUUUAUCCCUCGGGCUACUUGGGCGCCAAAGAAGGCUUCUGCUCUUUCUUCCUCCAUUGCCCAGCCGGCAGCAUGAUCAAGUGCUGGCUUUCGGUGGGAAAGCACAAGCGCGAGGCGAAGUGUGGCUUUGAGAAACCGGGCUACUUCGGACGCACGAACUUCUGCCGCUUCGAGAACAGCAUCGACCCCGAUGACACCACGCUGCUGGUCUUGGAGAUCGACGAGGCGCAGUGGAAGAUCGAGGAGCCGAUGAGCCACUUGUCCAAGGUCUGUACGGUGUCGACCAAACAUAACAGCCGCAUCCUGGAAGAAGACUCCAUGCGAUCCAUGCCACCCAGCCCGGUGCGCCGGGGAACGUUUUCGUUCGUUGCGAUCGCCGCGCUGAUCGCCGCCGCAGCGGCCGCACCGGCCGCGCCCUCCAUCGCCAACGUCGCCGCGGAGGUGGCGGAUCCCCACUUGAAGUCGGUGGCGGGCGCUUUGACGGACCUGCUGAAAACCAACGGCACGGGCACCGCCGCCAACAACUCCGCCAUCAUCGGCACCAUCAAGGACUUGUUGGAGAAGAACAUGAAAGGCCAUGUGAAGGAGUCCUUUGAGAAGAGCGUUCAGGCGAUCGAGGAAUCCAAGCAUGAGUUUGCCCAGUGCCGCUUGGCUUACGAGAAAGCCGAUCCUGUGCGCUUCCCCAAGGCCUCCCUCCUGCAGGCGAACAGCACCCCAUGGUAUGAGGCCUACUUUCAGGCCUACAGCCAAUGCAAGGCAUGGGAGGGACAAGUGGCAGCCGACCUCACCGCUUGUGACUACUACUGCACUUCCCAGGUGAAGAUCAUGGGUGAGAACUGCACCAACCUGGGCCUCCAGUGUGGCCCCUUGGACUGCGCCCCCGUGAGCGGCGAGGGCUACAAGGCCUUCUUGGACCGGAUGAUCUCUGACAUCAAGGGGCAGAUCGAGGCCCUUCAACUGGCGCGCAGUGGCCCUGGACGCUACAACCUCACUCACCGAUGUCAAGACAUCCUGGGCACCGCCGAGCGAUGCUUCAAGAACUGCGACGGACACAUCGAGGAGAUCAUCCCCAAGAGCGAGUCGGACAUCCCUGGGUGCUGUGCUCCGCGCACACAGGCGGAGGAUGCCAAGUGCAAGGAGCUGGCAAAUCAGCGGAAGGCAUGGGAGGACUACGACGUGUGCUACGACAGCAAGUUUCCGCAGUGGGAAACCACCAAGGCUGAACAGCUGGCGCAGAUGCCAUCGUUGCAGGCUCAGAUGCGCUCCAUCUUGCGGAUGAUUUGCUACAUCGAGUCCUUUGGGGAGAAUCAGGCCGCCAAGUUGAAUCAAUGUAUGGAGAAGGACUACACCAAGCACCCUGAGGUCGUGGCGCUCACCCUGGAGCCUGGCCUCCCCGAAGAGAAGGUUGAUGCCUUCUCGUGCAAUGCCAGCGAGACCCCCGGCACCGAAGCAUUUGAUGAGUUGCACUAUCACGAUCUGCCUGUGGGUUUGGCGAAAUGCCCACAACUGCAGUGCCAGGAUGUGUGUGGCUUCGUGAACGUGAAGGCCAUGAAUGUCAGCACCACCUCCCUGGCGCCCUUGGUGGAGAAGACGACGGUGAAGAGCCACUGCUUUAAGAAGGGUGAGAGCCAAACCGCCGUCUUCUGGGACUUGGGCUCUGCUCAGGACGUGGGCACCGUCUCGGCGAUCCCCUCCGCCGGCGUCGCACGCAUCAAGGUCUACCUGACGAACACUGGCCCGGAGGACCCUUUGGCCUCCACGGCGCAGUGUGGCACCAUCACCAUCGGCUCCAAGACGGUCUCCUGCAGCUCACGUGGCGCGGCACGGUACUUGGUGCUGGAGCCCUUCGUUGAUGGCAGCUGCGUCUUUGGCGGUUGCACGCAAUCAUGGUGUUUGAUGGAGCGGAUGGCAGCCCCAUGA